AGAGCUUGGACUCUCAGUUGACUCCUUGCUGUAUUUGGGACGUGGGUUGAGGAGACAGAGAGAAGUCAGGGCGCGUUGAAAGCUAUUUCACCCUCUCUCACGCACCCCCGUGAGUCGCUUCAUCGCCAGCACAAACGUGAGAUAAUACAGUAACUCCAGACUCCGUGAUCAGUCACCAAACAGGAAAAACAUGAAGAUGGGAAUUCAUGGGUCAUUGUUCAGUCGAUGGCAAGUGCUGGUGUGUUGGUUUCACCUCAGUGCCCUGGUAACCAGCCUUGCAGCUACCACAGGGCAGUUUUUCAGGGGGUCUAAUGUGGAGGUCGCCGAGAGGGGGUUAUGUCCCCAGAUUAAGAUUGGCCAAGAUGACUUACCAGGGUUUGAUAUCAUCUCACAGUUCCAUUUGGACGUGGCUUCCCCUCGGAGUGGGGUCCACAAGGUGCUGGGAUCCACACCUCUGCAGGUGGCUUACAGACUGGGCAAAGGAGGGCUCUUCCGAGUACCCACCAGAGUUGCGUAUCCGUACGGAUUACCCUUGGAAUAUUCCUUUGUCACCACCUUCCGCAUGAACGGCAGCACCAAGGAUAAAAACUGGAACAUUUGGCAAAUCAAGGACCCCCUUGGAAACGACCAGGUUGGGGUCCGGAUGAACGGUGGGAGCAGGUCGGUGGAGUUUUUUGCGGUGGGAGUGGAUGGUGCCCUCCAGACCAUUACCUUUUCUCCUGUGUCCACUCUUUAUGAUUCCCAGUGGCACAAGGUUUUGAUCAGUGUACAGGCCGACACCGUGACCCUCUUCAUUGACUGCGAGAGGCUAGAAACUCAAAGAAUCAAUCCCCGAGGGAUCAUCAACACUAAAGGAGAUACGUUUCUGGGGAAACUCAGCGAUAAUCCCACCGUGUCCGUACCGUUUGAUGUCCAAUGGAUGAUAAUUCACUGCGACCCCUACAGAGCCCAACGGGAAUCUUGUCCAGAACUUUCCAUCGGAAGAUCGACAAGUGUGUCUCUAUUGCAGGGUCCUCCUGGAGACCCGGGGCCAGUGGGUUCCCCUGGAGUGGCAGGAGUUCCGGGAGUGGACGGAAUCGGUGGAGAGCGAGGCGAGGACGGCAACCCCGGCCCACCGGGUCCUAAAGGUGAGCCGGGUCCACUUGGAUCGGACGGGUUAGUAGGAAUACCUGGAGCUGAUGGAGCAAUUGGAGAGAUUGGAUCACAGGGAUCCACUGGGCCUUCGGGAUCAAAGGGGGAGCCAGGGCUGCCUGGAAGCCCAGGACCUGCGGGUGAGGGAACCCCUGGAUCACCUGGCCUUGCUGGUGCAGCCGGUCUUCCUGGUGAAAUUGGUCGAGUUGGAUCUCUUGGCGAUCAAGGGCUGCCAGGACUACCGGGACCACCAGGCCCACCUGGACCCAGGGGGCUUCCUGGACUUCUCCACGGUGACAGCAGUGGUGACGUCCUGUGCUCCAGUUCAUGUCCUCCCAGCCUGCCCGGGUACACUGGUCUCCCUGGGAUGAAAGGACACAAAGGUGUAAAAGGUGAAGCCGGCGAACCAGGGAAACAAGGGCAUAAGGGUGAAGAAGGUGAACAGGGACCUCCUGGAGAGCAAGGUUUACAAGGCCUUCCAGGUACUCAAGGCCCAAGAGGAUUCACUGGAAUGGAAGGACCGAAGGGUGACAGAGGGAUACGGGGGCUUGAUGGGGUGCCAGGAGGCUUAGGUCCCAUUGGUCCAUUGGGAGAUGUUGGUCCUCGAGGUCCUCUGGGUGAACCCGGCCCUAAAGGCGAUUCUGGUCGGCCGGGCCCCAGAGGAAUUACAGGCUCUCCAGGGUCCAAAGGAGAACCGGGCUUGCCCGGCCUGGAUGCACGUGAUGGAAUCCCUGGGAUGCCUGGAUCAAAGGGCGAGUCUGGUAAGCCCGGUGCCCCAGGUGAAACAGGACUUCAGGGUUUGGCGGGUUUACCCGGUUCUCCAGGACUAAAGGGUGUUUUGGGUGCAAAGGGAGAUACGGGCGCUGUGGGCCUAAUCGGCCUCGCUGGGCCUCCAGGCAAACCUGGCGAGCAGGGACCUAUUGGUGACCUCGGGGAGCCUGGGCUUGUGGGCCCUCUGGGUGACGCUGGUGAAACAGGUUCCGUUGGCCCCCAUGGUCCCCCAGGCUCUUCUGGCUCCAAAGGUGAUGAUGGAUAUCCAGGUCUCCCCGGACCCGCAGGGCUGAUCGGCGAGAAAGGCGACAGGGGUUCUGUUGGUGAGACGGGACCUCAGGGCGAAAUAGGUUCCGCUGGUGGAGAGGGUAUUGAUGGCCGAAAGGGUGAGCCGGGUGUUCUAGGAGAGCCCGGCCCCAAGGGCAAACUUGGUAAAGCAGGGGAUCCUGGACUGAGAGGUAAAGAAGGAGUCCGGGGUCUGCCUGGCACCGAGGGUCCUCAGGGCUCUGCUGGAACCCGUGGUUUGCAAGGGGAGCGUGGAGUGACCGGGCUGCCCGGGAAGCAGGGCCCAGCGGGUAAAGAACCCACUGACCAGCACAUCAGGCAAGUUUGCAUGAGAGUAAUGCAAGAACAGUUGGCUCAGUUGGCUGCCAGUCUCCGGCGACCUGAGUCUGGUGUGAUGGGGAUGCCAGGGCGACCAGGGCCUCCUGGUGCUCCCGGACUGUCGGGAGAUAAUGGCUACCCCGGCCAUCCUGGACCUCGCGGCCUCACUGGCCUCAAAGGCCCACCUGGUAUCAUUGGGUACAAAGGGCUGAAAGGUGAACCUGGUGAAAAGGGCGACAAAGGGCUGGCAGGACGAGGGCCCAGAGGUUACCAGGGACAACACGGUCUAGGAGGUGAACCGGGCAAGCAUAGCUUUGGCAAAGAUGGGCGUGAUGGUGAGCGAGGUCCUCCAGGAAAGACUGGCCAGCCCGGAAUUCCGGGUCCUCCUGGCCGAGCCGGGCUCCCGGGAUAUUGUGACACCUGUGUGCAGGCUCUCAUAGCACCCCCACCUGAAAACAUCAAGGGACCUUGAAUCAUUAGCACCUCGACAUUGACUGCAACCUCCCCUCCUCCCCUCUCACCCGCCCCUCUCCUCUCCUCCUCCACCUUGCGGGGAGUGGGGAGCGAACGGGGAGAAGGGGAGUCGGCAGCCAGGUCCCAGACCAGACGAAGGGAAUGGACGAUCCAAGACAGCUUCACCUCCUGGGGGGGGGGGGGGAAAGACACUUCAACAGAAACAAAAUGAUCUCAACGCAAGGGGCUGAUGCUGGGGAGAAAAAAAACACUUGAUUGACGGUGCUCAGUGAUUACACUGUGUGUGUGUGUUGGGUAGGUAUGAAGGGUUGAAGAGGACCAAAGUUUGCGACGUUUCUUAACGCCAUUCCUUGUGUUAAUUAACCCCAAGUUAGGACACCUCACGGACUUUGCCCCUCCCCUCCCCCAUCUCUUCGUUUUGUUUCUUCCAUCGCUUCCUUGACAAGGAACAUAAGAACUUGCCAGACGAAAGACCAAGUCCCGCACAGUUCGCCUUCCACCAACCUGGCGCAGGUCGUGUCCCAAACUGUAUCCUGU